GGGCUAGUCCUCAGCUGCCAGCAGCUGAUUGAAACCAGCGCUGCCGCCCGCCCUGAGUGGCUAACGAGGCGGCCGGCGAAGGGGCGCCGCCUAUUUAAGCUGGGCCGCGGGGGUAGGGAGCUCGUCAGCUACAGCCCCGGGUUGUGCAUGAGGUAAAAUUAUGCCUUCUAACUGACUAUCUGGACUUACAAUUGCACAGCGAGUGUUGCUUUCUCUAGUGCCUUUUGGAGUUGUGAGGUGUGCCUCCAUCUCAUGAUGUCUAAUGAAGUAGAAACGGCUAAUGUUGGCACCCAGCCUGACCAACAGGCAGUGCCUAAAGCACAGCCUUCAAAGAAGGAAAAAAAGAAAGGGUCAGAAAAAACUGAUGAAUUUCUCUUGGCCCGAUUCAAAGGAGAUGGUGUAAGAUAUAAAGCCAAGCUUAUUGGUAUUGAUGAUGUCUCAGAAGCAAGAGGAGACAAAAUGAGCCAGGAUUCAAUGAUGAAGCUAAAGGGAAUGGCAGUAGCAGCACGUUCCCAGGGACAACACAAACAGAGGAUCUGGGUGAAUAUCUCCCUCUCUGGUAUCAAGAUAAUUGAUGAGAAAACUGGGGUGAUAGAACAUGAGCAUCCAGUCAACAAAAUCUCUUUUAUUGCUCGGGAUGUGACUGACAAUCGUGCAUUUGGUUAUAUUUGUGGAGGAGAAGGCCAGCACCAAUUCUUUGCCAUAAAAACAGCACAACAGGCUGAACCUCUAGUUGUGGAUCUUAAGGACCUUUUCCAACUAAUUUACAACAUGAAGAAAAAGGAGGAGGAAGAUAAGAAAAAGAAUGGAGAUGCCUCAUCUACUGAUCAAGCUGAUAAGAAACUGGGUGUUGACCAGAUGGACUUGUUUGGUGAUAUGUCUACACCUCCUGAUGUGAGCAGUCCCACAGAAACUAAAGAGAUCCUGUUAGUAGAUCUUGAAUCUGAAAUUGAGAGCAGUAAAACUUGUAUAAAAGAGGAGGAUCUCUUCUUGAAUGGCAUCGCAUCUCUUCCACGACCAAAGCCACAGCCAUCUUUCUUGCCUGAAAGCUCUUUCUCUACCAAUCUCAGCUUCUUUCCUACACCUACUCCAGAUCCUUUUCGUGAUGAUCCAUUUGCACAAACAGACAAAUCUGCACAGCCUGCAUUUGAUUCUUCUCUAAAGCCUGCAGAUCAGAAGAAGGAAAGUCUGAGUGGCUUGACUGUUCCAGUGGGGAAUGGUGAUAUUGACUAUUUUGGUAAACAGUUUGACCAGAUUUCUAAUAGACCUGGCAAACAGGAAAUGCAGACAAGCCAGUGGCUUUUUGAGAGUAAGCAGCCUGCAGCAAGAACACCAAAUGGGGUACCAGAGAGAGAACAGAAUGGCUUUCUUGCCAAAUCUCCAGUAACUCUGUUGGCAGAAAGCCAUGUCAAGGGAGUAUCCCUUCACAAUGGAGUAAAGCUGGACUCUGAAAGCAACAUCCAGCUUAUGUCACAUGACUCAAUAACAAUAAGCCCACCUCCACAAAGUACCAAGCCAGGAAGAGGGAGGAGGCCUGCCAAGACUGCAGCAAGUGACUUGUUUGGCUCAGAUCUCUUUGCCCCUACUGCUACAGAGAGCCUAGGCUUGACUUCAGCAGCACAACCUGCCCCUGUGCAAACCAGCCCACUGGACCUCUUCAAAGCUAGUCCUACCACAGCACCUCCCAUGACUGGUCUAGGUACCUUGCCAGUAACUUCAGUAUCACCAUGGAGUACUCAGUCAUCUGUCUUCAGUCAGGCUGCAUCAGUAUUUCCUGCAUCAGUAAUGGGUGCCCAGCCUACAGGCUUUGCCCAGCCACUUAACUUUGGUACUCAGCCUGCAUCCUUUCCAGCCCCAGCACCUGCUCAGUCGGCUGGUCUCUGGGGUCAGCCAGCACGCGUCUCUCCUACUGCUUGGGCACAACCAUCCACCAUUACCAAUCCUUUCCAGAGCACCAUAUUCCCUCCUACCACACUACCUGCUCAGUCAUCUAUCCCAGCUACUAGCCCUCCACAGCCACCACCUAGAACUGCACCUCAAAAGGAGGCUUCCAAGAAGGAAAGUGAUGCAUUCACUGCAUUGGACCCUCUUGGAGAUAAAGAAAUGAAGGAUGUAAAAGAAAUGUUCAAAGACUUCCAGCUGUCAAAACCACCUGCAGUACCAGCAAGGAGGGGAGAGCAGCAAAGUCUACCAGAACCAUCAAAACCUGCUCCUAGACAAAGCACUCUGCCAGAUAAUGGCCUGUUUGACAGCCCAUUUAAAACUGAUCCUUUCAGUGCCCCUUCAAAACCCUCUACGGCACCUGACCAACCAUCAACUUCUGAUCCAUUUGGUGAUCCUUUUGGAAAUCCAUUUGCAUAAAUUUUGAAACCCAGGCAUAACCAACAAAGAACAAACAAAUUGGAUACCCUGACACUACUGUCUACUUGUUUCUUUUUUUUUUUUUUUUUUUUUGCAUUGGCUGCCUAGAUCAACUGAUGUUCAUCCAGUGUUGCAUCUUUCUACUCGGCAAACUGAAAUAACCUGCAGUUAACAGCAUCCAAUGUAAAGCGGAGAAAUGUCCACAUUUUUAUGCUGGAGAUGCAAAUCUUAAGUUUCUGGAUGCAAAUUUUCUAUAGCCUUUAUAGUUCUUCCUUUUGGGAGAAACAGACAAGUCAUGUGAACACAUCUUGCUAUUUCUAAAUCUAGUCACUUACAAAGAUGGUAGCACUGACUAUAAUGAACUGAACACAAAGUUGAAGAUGAAUUAUUCUCUCCAGGCAGGGGAAGGGAUUACUAGCUUAAGUUCUGCAUCACUUGAGUCUUUCCUACUCUACCUGAUGGGAUCACUUGCUCCUCCUUUCUUUAAACCAUUCACUUGCCUCUGUCUUGGAACUUAUCCCUCACACUUUAAAAUAGACAUAAUCCAGACAGAAGUACAACUAGUGGUGAAAUGUGGCGCUCUCUCUUAUGCUACUUUGGUGUGCAUCUUUAUUGUUUCAAGUAGGCAGUAAAAAAUCCUGCCUGCCAAUUUCUCCUGGCAACUCCACCAUUCUGUGUUUCUCCUUUGUAAUUUAAGGGACUAAAUUCUACACAGCAGCAGAACUUUUGAAAAAAGCAAUAAUUGUAAAGGAGAAACUGAAUACACAACUUAGCUUGUCACAACUCUAAGCAGCUAAGUCUGAAGAGAGGGCCAUGGAUUUAAAUCCCAGGUUUAAAUCUGGAAUGUAACAUGUACUUAAGACAACUUUGGUUCUAACACCUUGGUGCUACAAGGGUCUUUCAGGGAAACAAAUCAAUGAAGAUGCUGGAUUCUUCUUAAUUGGCUGGCAGAUAGAUGGAGAAUGGAACAAGCAGAUAAGCUUUUGUUUGGGUUUUUUCCUCUUUGGUGAAUGUACCUGAUGGUUUGAACUUGAAUCAAGUGCUUUGUCACACAUUGACAUGGCACAGCUCCUCCAGUAUGUUGGAAGGCAAAAUGACGACAAUCUUACUGAUUUUUAUGACUUCCAUGCCUUGGUUUAAUGUAAAUUUGAGGUACCACUUCCAGUGAUUUAUAGGAGAUAUGGUCAUCCCUAUUUAAACAAGGCAGUGCCUUUUUGUAAAAAUCUGUACUAACAGAUUUAAUAGCUAAAUUGGUCAUGAUAACCUUGGGUCUAAUCCAGACAAUAGUUAUAACUGAUCAAUGUCUUGUUGGUUUUUCUAUCUGAAAUGGGGGCAGGGGGGACACAAACUUGAAAUAUUAUUAUGCUUCUGUAAUUAAUAAUAAAAGCAGAUAAUUAAUCAUACUUAACUGGACAGAACUAGAAAAUCAACUUGAAGGCUCUUUUUUAGUGACCAAUUCAGCCAGUCAUUCAACUUUUUUCUGUACAUAAACUUUCCUUGUGCACUUUCUGCAAUGAAGAAAAAAAAAAAAAAGCCUGUCUCAAACUGGAAAUGUAUGGAUGUUACACUGUCUAUAUAAACUGUAGUUUCCCAAGAAAUGUUACCUAUUGACAUUAAAAGAUGCAGCUCUUGAAAGCAA